AUCACGUUUUGCCGGUGAUCCUUCCAGAAAGGGCGAUACCGAAGAGGCGAAAAGUCAUGGUCAAUGUUCUUGGCUCUUGUUGCUCUCCUGUGAUGAAGAGUGGUCUUUAUAAAGGGUAGAGCUCUCGCUUCUCAUCCUGUCCUCCAUCGACUUCUCGUCCUUCAGCUACAGCUCACACCAUCACACAAGCUCAAGCACAUAAGUAACAACUCACAAUGUCCAACGACCACGAUCUCCACCGUGUCAACACCGGCCAAGUCGAACUCGGUGCCACCGACGUCCUCGCCGAUGCCCCCCAUGUCGACGUCGUCCUCCCUCCCGCCGUGUCCCACGGCCGCCUUGCCUACGAGAGGAGGAGGCCCCGCUGGGCCCGCGAAAUGUUCGCCGAAGCCACUGGCUGCUACUUCUACGUCUACGGUGGUAUCUCCGCCGCAAUCUGCUUCAACCUCGAUCUCCUCGAAAAGGGAGGCGGAGCAUUGGGAAAUAUCCUGACGAUUGGUAUUGGAUUUGGGUUGGCGAUUGCGUUUGGUAUUAUUGUGUCGGGAGGGACGAGUGGUGGGCAUUUGAAUCCGGCCUUUACGUUGACGUUUGCGUGUUAUCAAGGGUUUCCCUGGAGGAAGGUGCCCUACUAUAUCCUUGCUCAAAUUUUCGGGUGCUUUAUGGCGGCGAUGACUUGUUAUGCGCAGUACCACCAGCAAAUCCGCGGUGUUGUCGAGGCGCUUGAAGCUGCUGGUGCGCCUGUCGUUGGUCCCACUGGUCCUAACUCUUGGUUCUGUGCGUACCCGGGUGCUACGCAGACUAACUUGGGCUACGUCUUCCUCAACGAGUUCUUCUGCGAUUCUUACAUCGCACUCUUGGUCUGGGCAGUCCUCGACCCGGCAAACCCCUUCAUCGCACCAACCACCGCUCCCUUCUGCAUUGGUCUCGUCUACUCCGUCAUCGUUUGGGGUUUCGCUCUCGACACCAUCUCCACGAACCCAGCUCGUGACCUUGGCGCCCGUAUCGUUACCGCGAUCUUCUUUGGGAGUGGAACUUUCCCGCAUUACUCCGCCAUCUCCAUCCUCGUCCCAAUCCCGGCUACGUUGUUCGGCUGUGGAAUCUACGAGUUUGUGUUCAAGGACCACAUGAACAUCAUCAAGACUGGGCAUAUGAGUCAUCCCGAUGAGGAGUUGAGGAGGAUUGAGACCGCUGAGUUGAAGAGGCAGCAGACGAAUCAGACGGCGAAUAUUUCGCAUUUGGAGGAUGUUAGGGUUGAUAAUGGCAAGUACGCAUAAGGUCGUACUAUGCCAGAUUCUUUGGGAGAGUAAGGUAUUGGUUCUGUGUUUUUGGAUAUCCUUGUGGUUUGCUUGGUUUGUUUUUGUGAUAUCGUAUAUUUCUACCAGUAUAGCCUUGCUUUCACAUCGCAUGCUAAGAAUGGAAAAUCUGUCUUUGCU